GAUAUUUCUGGACUAAAUCUAAAGCAAUUGGAUCAAAACUGGAUUUUGAGGCUGGCCGGGUUUCUUUUACCGUUUAGGUGGUACGACAAACACAUUGAGGAACGUUUUACUGGAGAUGAUCAAAAUGAGAUGGCAAGGAUUGUUUUAUUGACAAAUGAUGCCGCGAAUAGAGAGAAAGCCUUGAAUGAAAAUUUACAGUCUUGUUCUGGUAAAUUACAGUAAUUAAUAUUUGGUAAUAAUAACGGCUUAUUGACCGAGCGUGAGGUCUGUACUGUGAAAUAUCAGACCGAGGUUUUUUAGUAUGGACCGAGCGACGGAGCGAGGUCCAUGCAAAAAACAGAAGUCUGAUAUUUCGCAGUACAGACCGAACAAGCGAGGUCAAUAAUCGGUUUAUUAUAUGGCUGAACUGAGUCUGUGAGCAUAUGCUUUUUGCGGGAAUUAAAUCUGCUAUCGUCAGUUUCACUGGGUAACAAUAUACGGUAGGCAUGCAUGCUCAAUCAAAAAAAAUUUGGUUAUUUGAAAUUUUUAUCUGUAAUUGGAAAUUUAAAAAGCAAAAAAAUUUUCUGUUUGCAAAGCAAAAAUUUCCGGCCAGAUAAACGACAUCCGGGACUCCGGUCCAGAUACAGAAAAUACGGACCACGGUCUGGAUAUGGGUUUUUACGGACCGCUUGUCAACCAAUCAGAAUAGAGAAUUUUGAAAAGCCAUAUAAUAAUUGAUUGUACUUUCCAACCGUUGUCGACAAUUAAUGCACUGCAGUAACUGUGCUGCAAUUAUGGUUUCUCGCCCAAAGUCUGAUUGUCCGCAUUUUGACAUUCCUCCCCCUUUUUUUCCACCCCUUCCCAAUAUACUGUGGGAUACAGUAUAUUGAGCUUAUGGCAGCCGCUCACGGUGCGUCGGUAAACGUUCACAUAUCGAGAAUUGAAUAGAAUACAUGACGCAAUACACCCCUGUCUUGCUGCCGACAUGCCGGGAAAGUUGAACUCGAGUCAACUUUCCUGGCUUACCGCCGUGAAUCCGACGACGAACCGACGAUGAGUGUUCUCAUAUUUCUUAGGGUGAUCGCUAGAUAGUAUACUUCAAAAUAAGGUUUCCGUUUUUAUAACGUAGAAAAAACUAUCCUAACGCAAAACUAAACCCUAAUACUCACCCUAACCCCAACCUAACCCUAACCUAAACCCUAACCUAACCCUAACUUAUUUUAAAAAUUGAUAUAAAAACGGAAAUCUUAUUUUGAAGUAUACUAUCUAGCAAUUGCCUAUUUCUUAAACCCACUGCAGGCACAGUCGUCGGCUACGUGAACCAGUGAACUAGGCUGUACUGUAGUUCACUUAUAACAUGGAUGGAUUGUAAUAUAAUUCGACUAAAUGUCAAAGUCUAUGUUGUCAUGAGAACAAGAAAUGUUAGGAGGUGGUAGACACAAUUACAUUGCAUACCAUAACGUUUUUAGUUCAAGAUUAUGUGAAAUCACUCAAAGAUAACGGAGAGCUGUUGGACAAGUUGGCAUCGGACGAUAAUAAUUCUGCUGGUCAAGUAAGUUACGGUAUUAAAUCCACCUGAUAUACAACUGAAAAUCUGUAAUUUAUAAUUAUUCAAAGAACCACCUUGUAUUCUUUUCAGUCCACUGAUGGAAAAUCGAAACAAAUUUAUCCCGAACAUUUACCGCUGACCAAACUUCAAACUGGCGUCAAGUCGGGAAAAUAUUUGCAGGUUGGUUCAACUCAUUGAACUAUAAGUAAACUGGAACGAUAACUCCUAUGAUAAAGGCCUAUGUUUGGGCAUGGUUUGGGUGAAGCCAAAUUUCGGGCGCUCAAGUAUAGCCUGUUCGCUGGUUUUCGCUGGUAUGUAUACGAAAAUAAACACACAAUUUUCCACGAAAUAUUUUUACUAAUUUAAUCCUUAAUUUUAACUUAUUAAAGUACGUUUCUGGAUGUUUGGACUCCAUUAACAACUGUAUCUAAGAUUUUUCUACAUAAAUUGUAUAAAAUUGUCUCGGAACUCUUUCUGGAAAGUCUAAAAACUCAGAAAAAACAUAAAUUUUCGCGCGGUGUUUUGCCGAGUUUCGUUUUGUUUGUUUCAUUUUUAGCAGUUAAACAAUAUUUGCUUAUUUUAUGUGCCUUAGAUAAAAAUUGUGUUGUCUAAGUGUGCUCUAGGACAAAUAUAAAUGCCUUGAAAGAAGUAAAAGUGAGAAAAUUUUAACGAUUUUUAAGCUGUAUUUUUCGCAUCCAUUUUGUAAAAAAGGACUGGGGCUACCUGCAGAAAACACUCGUAACCGGCUUCAAAGAUGGCGGCGAACUUAUCGUUCCAGUUUACUUAUUGUUCAAUGCUUCAACUCGACAGAAAACCCAAAACUGUCUUGUUUUAUACUGGGUAUGUCUAGGAGUUGCGACUUGACUCUUGGUAUGACUUGUGACUUGCAAAAUAACAACUCUAGAGUACCGGCUGGUAAACUCCUGCAGUGUUUGGUAUAAGAUCAAACUGGAAGUAGCAGGUUUCUUUUUACUAGUAAAUAAGGCGAAAUUACCGUAUUGCGCAGUACAGUACAUUGAGUCAGUACAGUACAGUACAGUACAGUACAGUACAGUACAAUACAGUAGAGGCAGAGAACUGCAUGAUAUUCUAGAAAGCAAACGCCGAGACUCGUACACACGUACUAAUGUUCUGUUUGUUUUCUACACAGGGAAAAUUUUUCGCAAGCAGGUAAGAAAAAAACUGAGUAUGAUGAUACAUUUGAUAAUACAUAGUGCUUCGUAUUCUCGUAAGUCAUAUAUUACUAGAAAUACUAAAAGCCAUUCUGUUGUCAAACGGGACUUCCGAAAUCCCAAUAUAAAACAGGCAAAAACUCGAACUAGGGCCCUUCAACAAAACGUAUUCUUAUUUGGCUGGUUAGUUUUAGUAAUAUUUGCAUUCAGUUAACGCAUGGAAAAAAAUUACAGCGGUAAAGUGAAUUACACUUCAAGUGAGUUAAAUUAACGCAAACAAAAUUUAUCUUUCACGGUAAAUUUACGCAUACAAAAUGGACAUAUAACAUUUUAAAAUGCAAACCCCUCGUCCCGAAAGUAUUCAUCCUUUCUGCUUUAUCGUAUCAAGCGAGAAAGCUAGGUGUCUAGCGCUUGAAACAGUUGGCUAACCUGACGCUUAUAUUUUAUUUUUGCCGCCGUAUUAUGGAGUUAGUCAGUGGCUCUGCGGCAUGGUCGCGGCGUUUCUCACAUUUCCAUGUCACAGGUUCAAAUAAAUGUCAGCCGAGACUAUAUCUUUAAAAUUUUUCACACUUAAUUAUUACUAGGUUAACAUUGGUUUGGGGUUGAGCUUUCUUUAUUUUAUAACAUUAAAAAUUGUUCUUUAAUUCGAAAUACAAAUCCUACCGGAAAUUUACUUUAUAUCAAAAUACUGCCGGACUUGCAGUUUGUUUUCCAAAAUAUUAUUGUUAAAUUUAACAGGCUAACCAAAUGAAACGAUUCAAAAUCUAUAUACUGUAACUAACAGCGUUAAAAUUUUGUUCUGAUACUUAUCGCUUCACUCUCAUUCCGUGCAUAUAUUUCUUCUCAAUCCAAUCAUUAAAAAAAAACAAAAUUCUGACUAUGAUUCUCUGCAGAACAUUAUCUUGGGAAGUCGCUGAUACAAUGACGUAAUCGCGUACAUGGUACUAAUGCCCCAUCGGAGAUUACCACCCUCGCACGUGGCCUUCGGCCUUGCAGGCGGCGAGGGGAAUACUGUAGAGCUUUUUAUAGCAAAACAUUGUAAUAUUUACUAAACUAAGUUUACUAAAUUAGUUUCUUUCUCGUAUUGUUUAGAGAUAACUACUUGGAAGCAAGUAUUUCCGUUUACGACCAAAAUGAACAGGUCAGUACUGUACAACUGUUUCUGUUUGUCUCAUUGAAAAGAACUCUUAAACUUAUAUAUUAAACUCUAUAACCGGCAGGGUGUUAGCCAGAAAAAUAGUUUUGUCCAUUAAACGUAAAUUGAGAAAGUUUUUUUGACCGAUCAAAGUCCUUGUGUAGGAAUAAAUAGUUUUUUCCAACGUGUUUCUCCUUAGAUGCAAACAACGGUAGCUUGGUUUUGUACAUUUCAUUUCCGGUGAAUGAACACUGAAAAAUGCACCCGAUGGUACUUCGUUUUGUAUAUUUAAUUUCCGGUGAAUGAACACGGAUGCACACCGAUUACACUUUGUUUUGUACAUUUCAUUUCAGUGAAUACAUACCCAAUAUGAAUGAAACGCGAUACAUUUUGAGAAAAUAGUUAAUGGGAAAAAGUAAAUAAAACGUUCUUUGAUAUUAUAAUAUAAAAUCAAACGCAAUGCACUUUCUCAUCAGAAAAAAAUGAAAGUCUUCCAGUAGACCCAGUUGGGAAAGCCUUUUAGCUACUUCAAUUGGGAAGAGUCCGUCAAACGGACAGUAUAUGGGCUAGUUACAAAUUUGUAUAAUUUGCUUAGUUCUCGAAAUAUUUAGACCGAAAUUAAUGAGCUGUCUGCCAUCUUGGACUAAUUCUUGACCUCAUUAACUAUGGUUUUGAUGACGUCAGGAGCUGGCUUAACCAUAUAAAACUACUCUAAAAUGACCGAGUAACAAUCCAAGAUUGUUUGAAAUGUUUUUAAUCAUUUCUAAAUUUCAGACAACAACCAGAAACGAAGUUUUGGACCCAUAUUGAUCGCUUACUCUCAGAUAAAAAAUUAGCGUGACCUAAAAAAUUAGCGUGAACGUGCAUAUAUAUCCUCACGCUAUCCAUACAUUUAUACACUAUUGCACUUAUAUAACAUGGGCGUUUGAUACAGACUCCUGAAAAAUCUAUAUCGUUUUCCCAUAUAAGUCUGGAUCAUGUAAAAUUAUGGUUUUACUAAACUGAAUAAUUUUCAUUGUUUUUGUUGUGACGUCCCUGCAAUUGUAUAAAAAACGUAGUUUGCACAAGUCUAAUUUUUAGCAACCGUAAAAAUGCACCUCGUAUAAUGCCAAAUUAUAUUUAUAUGUAAUGUAAUAGCUGGACAGUAAACGUGUAUGCUUUAUACUAGCUAAUGUGAAACUUCGUUUGUUUUGAAAGAUAUUUAUUCAAGGAUUAGUGAACCUAAAUCGUGCAGUGAAUGAAGAUAUUGUUUGUGUUGAAGUUCUUCCUGAACAAGACUGGACAUGCCCUUCGUCGAUCGUCAUUGAUGAAGAAAUUAAGGAAGAGGAAGCGGAAGAAAGCACUACUAAACAGGUUUGGAAUUAUUUUAAACUUGCAUGGUCGACUAUACAUAUCGAGCUGUAGAGCAAUAGAGUUACAGAAUGAGAAGUAUUUAGCCAUAACGUCCCUCGAAUGUGAGAAAAGACCACGAUCUUUAUUCAGCACCAACUUCGUACACGACCUGAAUUUGCACCGAAAAAUGGCCAUGUCGCUGAGCACUUUUUAUUCUGCUUUACUUGACUUAUAAUAUUUCUAACAAAAUACAGUACGGCUCAAUUUGUAAGUUCAAAGUGUUAUUAAUAUUCAGUACAUGUCAGCAUGUACAUCUACGCAUGCUCAGUUAGGAUAGUUCAGUUGUCUUAGGUGUGAAUUUGUAGCUGCAACAUCUGAUCGAGCCUAGGUCUUAUGAUCUCUCAGACCGUUGCUCUCCCAACAGAUAUAUGAAUCUGGAUACGAGGUUGGCUCAGCUCUAGGUACCACAUGCAGUAGCUAGUGCUGUACAAAAUCCAGUAAGCUAAUUUUAUGAAAACCUGAAUAACCGACAAUGCAUUAUAGAAUUUAAAAUUUAAUUGACAAAAACCAAAAGGGUGAAAAUUCGUAAUGUACAUACAAUACCGUCAAAGAAAAAUCCACUUAAUUUUUUUGUUAAACAAUACUCAGCGGAAUUCAAAUUUUAAGAUCAGUUGAGUGAAAUUACUAAAACGAGAGCUAUGGCAUUUACAUAAUUAUAUUUUUUACAAGAGCUCGUGGCGACUGGAUUCUGUAGCUCAGUAGUCAAAGCUUUGCUCCAUAAUCACAGGGGCUGGUAUUUCCGCAACUGUUAUUAGUUGUAUUAUGUUCUGUCAUUUAUAUUCAAUGCUAUACAAAUAGUAUUUUCCUUCUGCAGAAUAAUCAAAGAAACAAGAAAAAACAAAAAUCAGGAAGAGUAAGUGUUAGAACAAUGGACGUAAAUAUUUCUGUACUUUAAUCAUGCAAUUCGUUUGCUGAUGAAUGACAGCAGUGCAACGCCAGGGGCUUUUGUAUAAUUGGUUGAAACUUUGCCGCGUUGCUUACUUGCUUGGCCGAAAAGUGAGCCUGUGAAGAAAGGAGAUUCGGAACACGGCCUGAUUUCUUUUUGAAUGUGUUGUGUUUGAGCAUCUUGAUUUGCUGGCAUAUAACCAUUUUUCUUUACUUUAUUGAAAGGUUGUUGGAAUUAUUAGAAGAAAUUGGAGACCAUAUUGUGGUGUCUUAUCUCCAUCUCCCAAUCCCCAGGUAAAAUAUGAGCUAUCACUGCAUUGUAAUUAACGAAAUUUUGCCGAAAUUUUCACCUCAAAAUUCGGAAUAGUUGGAAUUAUUGGACAUUUCCGUCGGAAUCCGAGAUAGUUCCGAUGUGUAAAGUUACGCAAAAGUUGUAUUUUUAUUCAUUUUUUAGUUUCGGGACGUUCUCAUACCUUUCUGGCCUUCCUAAUAAUGCAAUAGAUUAAAAAAAAUGAUUAGUAGAAAAAACGAGCCCAUGCAAAAACCCCAAUAAAACGCUCAAAAAUCGAAUUACUAUAUUCACUCGGCCUAAGUCUCUUUUCUGUUAACCGCGCGAAUUUUAGCGCAUGCUCGCACAAAAUCCCCACCUGUUAGCUCUGUGUAAAAGCCAAAGUUAAUGUGCAUGUGAAAGAAUUUUUAUUCUCCUUUUUGAAAUUCGCCUUAGUAAGACGAGUUGAAUGUGUAUACACACAACCAAGAGAUAUUAUGCUCUUAACACGAGAGAUAUUAUGCUCUUAACACGGCUUUCUUAAAACAUAACUGCGAGGAAAGAGUCUGUGUCUGAAUAAGCCUUGUGACAUCAAAUCGGGAAAGGAAGUAAUUGGAACUCUUGUAGUCUUGUUAUUCCGUGCCAUGAUGGAGGAGCGCUAGAACAUCCGAAUACAUCACAACACGGAAGCAUUUUCCUCAAAACCAACGCCAUUUCCUCUGUUCCCGAUUUGACAUCACAAGCCUUAUUACUGUAAGUAAGACGCAGACUGUUUUCUCCGGGCCAUGUUUUGAGAAACCACGGUCUCUUAACAUGAUAAGAGACCAAUAUCUCCGAAAAUAGUUAUCGGAUGGACGAUUGCAACGCAUCAUCAAUUCGUCUCAUUGAAGGCCCACACACAGAAAGAGAAUUUUGUGAAAUGUGAUUGGCCGACACAAAUUUCCCGUCGGAAAAAAAUUUUGAAGUUGAAAAUUUUCAACUUUUAACAAUGGCCUUGUUUUCAUCUGGUUAUUUCCUCAUCUGGUUAUUUCCUCGGUCAUAAGGAUAGGCCUUGUGAUUGAGCUCGAGAUGAAAGAGAAACAUAGACGAAACAUGGACGUUCACGUGGCCUGCCUUGCUAAAACAGGCGAACAUGGAAACGAGGUCAUUUGAACAAACGUCAUGCAACAAACAACGGUAAAGUAUAUUAUCAGACUAUUUAUAAAUUUACAUUUUUUAUGAAUUCCAGGCAACCAGACAUCUUUUUGUUGCUGCUGAGAAAAGAAUACCGAGAAUCCGAAUUGAAACAAGACAAGCGGAAAUUUUAAAGGGACAGAAGAUCAUUGUCAGUAUUGAUUCAUGGCCAAGAAGUUCGAAAUAUCCAGUUGUAAGUAGGUGUAAAUUUUAGACUGUAUGUUCACAGUACGCCGAAGCUGUUUGAAAACGGCGCAAAAAGUCACAAUUAGCCGUCGCGUUCACACUAUACGCCGAAGCGAAAUUUUUUUUCAAACGUCACUUUUGGCGUAAUAAUUUGAGCACGGUUUCAAAACAGAGCGAGAUGAAAACGGAGAAUUGCGGUUUCGUGUUACGCCGUUACUUUUUUGUACCGUUUGCAAACCAAGUAUCUCACGUCUCAAAACAGUAAAUUCGAAUGCUUUUCGUUUAAAUUUCUUUGCUCUAUUUGAAAUAUUUUGGGUUCACAUGAGUACUAAUUUAAUUUGUGAACAAACUGUACCGACGUAGUGUCAACACACGUAAAUUCUGCCGGCAUUAUUUCGCUCCGGUGUAUAGUUUGUUCAUUCGUGUUUUUCGCCUGGAAAUAAUGUUUAGAGCUAGGACAACUAAAUAGUUGACAGCUUAAAAUAUAAACAGAACAUCUCCUGACGUUUCUGGCGUUUCACUUCGUAUACAUGAAGGUUUCGAAUUUUCUUUAACUUUUACAUGCAAGACUUUUCGUUGCCAAACUCGUCUUGUUUAGUUCACUUAUUGCAUUUUAAGAUUUAGUUCGUAUAUUGCAUUUGAACUUUUUCCCGAGUCUGUUUUGUUAUCUUUUGAAAUUGUCCGCGCCGGCCGUGGUUUUUGUGAACGGAUAGAUAGCGUUAUUUUGCUCCGGAACAUAAAAGAGAUUGAAAAUUUUGUAUUUAAAUUUGUUCCUUUGGGUGUAGCCUGCAGGCGAACUGCCCUGGCUGUAUCAACCUAAAGGUUUUUAAAAUACCAAUGUAUGUAUAUAAUAGGCUCAUGGUUAGAUCUAACCGGGCUGGAAUCAUGGUUAGGCACAUGGUUAAAUCUAAAAUGGUCUGUACAAAAAUCCUUCAACUGUUAGGGGCUGAUUAUAUGGAGAGUUUUCAGCCCUGUAGUAUCCAGCCCAAUUAAUAUAAGUUAAUAUUAUACUGUACACUAAUGUUUACUAACUUCCGCUUUGUAAUUUUAUAAUGUAUUAAUUCUCAUAAUAUGCAAGUUAUACAACACACCAAACCGGGCGGCUGUGCUCUUGUGUUUAUCCAAUAUUUACCGCGAUACACUACAAGCCCGAGCUGAGUUUAAAUUUCAGUUCAAACUGGGGUGAAAUCUCAGCCCGGGCUGAAACGAUCAAGUCUCAAAAAAGAGCUAUUCCGCUUUUUCGAAGAAUUUAAAAUGUUGUUCAUGUCUAUAAAUUUGACUUCAGCGACACUGUGCCGGUUGAAUUUUAAAAUAGAACACACAGAAAUAAAGCCACUUAAACGCUGGGGUUUUUUUCAACUCGGGCUGAAUUUUCCAUCGAUUUUCAGCCCGGUCAACUGAGCUGAAAUUUUCAGGGUAUAGCUUCAACCGGGCUGGAAUUUCAGCUCGGGUUGAAACUGCUAAAAUUUCUGUGCUCUGUUUCAAUAGGAUUUUGUACUUAGGCCGGGCUGAAAUGUUAACCCGGGAAACCGGGCUCAAGAAAACUCUCCAUGCAUGCUUGUAUAAUCAGCCCUUUAGUUCUAUCGAGCGAGAUGCCCAAAAAUCUCGAUAAAUCAAUAUUAAAGGCACAGUUCAGCAUUUUGAACGAUUUCAGCCCUUUUAAUUGAAAAAACUAACUAGGAAAAUCAAGUAUGCUUAAUUCAAGAUCAGUAAACUCAAUAAAACAUUAAGUUUGCUGAUCUUGAAUUAUGCUUAAUUGAUUUUCCUGUAAAAGUUUUUUCAAUAAAAAGGGCUGAAAUACGCUUUAAAAGCCAUUAAUGUUGCUUUUACAUACUUUUAAUUUACAGUAAUAUCUUGUACUAAUAUUUUCACAUAAAAAAAUUUUCACUUUACUUUCUACGCACGGUUGUUGAGCACGCGAAGAAAUUCGCUUGCGUGUCGCUUGCGUGCGUCGCACGCGCUGGCGUGCGCUAACGCUUGCUGACGUUAUCCUCGUUUGAAUUUUAACGACAAUUCGUGGAUUUGACACAUUUUUCGCUUUGCUAUGCGAAAAUUGGUUGAAAUUAUUUGAACUAACUUGCUGUUCACUAAAGGUUUACUCUACAAUGGCAAUCUAACUUUGAAGAAGUAUAUUUUGGGUGGAUUUAAAACUUAAUAUACGUAUAAUCUUUGGAAGUGUAAUGAUGUUUUUACCUCGAAACAAUAUUCUGUCUUGGCGUUCUAAAGUAUGUGCGAUUUCGAAUGAUGACAGCUACGUAGCCGGUGAACUAAGACAGCAUUAUGAUAUGAACGAACAACGUACAGUUUCAAGUGAUAAUCUACCUGAUAGCAGUUCUGUUCAAGAUCUUGCAUCUUUAUUUUCGAAGCUUUCGUUGUAUGAUACCGUAGAAAACGCACAAGAUGAAAGCAAUUCAGUUAUUAUUGGUUUUAAAGAUAAACGUACAAACCAGGACUAUUUUCCUUCCUCGUGGCACUUUUCCAACACCCAAGAACCGAGCGUUCGACAUGGAAACAAUCAGAACUUUUCAAACUAUUUUGCAUUACCUUUUCAACCGCUGUUUUCUAGUAUUCUGCCAGGCCACCGUGGAAGCGUUGUUGUGUAUAAAAGUACGAACAUUAGAACUGAAUGCAUUGAAACUAUUUUGGGGGAAAGGAGUGAUUUUCAUCGCCAGGAUUACGGAAAUUAUUGUCUACCAACAACACAAGCCGUUAGUACUCCACAAUGGUCUUCUUUUGCCACAAACCACUCGUUCAUUGAUCCUUUCAGCUCUUUCUAUCGAUAUCGCUCACGCUUUUCUUCAUUCCUGGAAACUUUACUCAUACGAGCGGGUCGUUUGAAGGAGAAUUUCGAUCAUUCCGUGAGACAAAACGUUGGUACUUAUGAUAGUCUAAGCGAAAGAGGAGAAUGUACUGCCGAAAUGCAACAGAAACAUAGUGAAUAUCCGUUGUUGGUGCGUCGUAUUCCAUCAGAGCAACAAGAGACCUAUCCCGAAGAACAAAUGACUUGCACUGAACAUUCACAGACGGUGGUCGAAGAAGUUAAUGUUUUAUCGGCAGAAUAUGACGAAUAUGGGGCAGAAAUAGGAAAGCAAGAAACUUAUAUUGAAGAACAGAGAAGUUUAGACGAAGUACAAGAGUUAUUGUGUCUAGAACAGGGGAAUGAAGAAUUGAAUUUUGCGAUGGAACAAGAGAGAGUAACUCCAGAAGAUGAGUUUUAUCCGGAUGAAGAACUGCCUUUAGUCAGAUUUCUAGAAAACGAGACUUUAAUGCCGGAACAAGACAUAUAUCUGGAAGAAGAGCUAACAUUAGUCGAAGAAUUACGAGGAUGUUUAACCCCAGAACAAGGCGUUGAUUGUGAAGAAGAGUUGACUUUAGUCGCAGAACAAGAAAGUCUAACUCAAGCACAAGAAACAUAUACGGAUGAAGAGCUGAAUUUGGUUGAAAAUCUAGAAAAAGACUCCUUAACUGCAGAACAAGGGAUUUAUCAGGAAGAACUUACUUUAGGCGAAGAACGAGACGAUUGUAUUGAAGAAAAACAUACUUCAAACAAAGACCGAGAUGGUGAUGCUGAAGAGCAAUGGAAUUGUAUCAGAGAUAUUGACAAUGUUCUCGCAGACAUUGAGGCCCAUUUACGUGAGGUUUAUGGUAGAGAAGAAGAUACUUGUAUCGAUGGACAGGAGACUUAUCCCGAUGGACAGGAGACUUAUCUCGAAGGACCAGAUAUUUAUCUCGAAGGACAAGAAACUUAUCUUGAAGGACAGGAGACUUAUCUCGAAGGACAGGAGACUUAUCUCGAAGGACAUGAGACUUAUUUGGAAGAGCAAGGGACAAAUUUCGAGCAGGAAGGAAUGUAUCUCCAAGGGAACGAGACUUAUUUCGAAGGACUAGGUGAAGAGACUUUUCAGAUAGUUAGAAACGUAUCUCCAAGAGCUAGAGACUUACUUCAAAGAGCUAGAAACUUAUCUCGACACUAACAAUGAGACGUUAAAUUUAAGACAAUCUGUACAUAAUCUAGGAAUUUAGAUCUGGAGAGAGUUAUUUCUUUUUUGUUAUGACGAAUUGUUUAAUGAAUAAUAUGGUUAUGUUUUGUCAAUUUAUUUUGAGAAAAUGUACUGUUUAUUCAGAUACAAAGUAGGUUUUGUAGUUGACGCCAUCUUGGUUAGAGCUAAAUGAGGUUAUAGAUUCAUGUCUCCCUGUUUAUGGUGCCUAAACAUAACCUAGUCUCUAAUCCUAACCCAUAAACAGCGACGAGACAUGGAUCUAUCUGUGCAUGUGCAAUGUGACAGUCGGCCAUUGGCCGUUAAAAGCAUUUGAGCAAGAGAACGAAUAAGAGACGAUACACUUGACAAUGUUUACCCAUCUGCACAUUAUCUUGCGCAUACUGAGUUUGGGGUCAGCGGUGAUUGUUUAUGAAUGCUGACCCCCUAAUCCUUACCCUGACCCUGUAUAAGAUAGUUGCACUGUGCAGACGGGCAAAAAAUGUCGAGUACGUCUUCGUACUUCGUUGUCUUGCUCAAACUCUAUUUUCGUAGCAAAACGCUGAUAUCGCCAUCUAAGUACUGCUCUGUACGUACAUUAUGACGGGACAUUUUGCCGCUAUAAUUUGAAUAAUUUCCUUCAUUCUUGCAAAACCAAAAUGCAAUCUCUUACUAAUCUGAUACGCAUGAAAAGGUGUUUUUUAAAGAUUUUUUAGACUUUCUCAAAGUCCGUAUUGGUUGUCUCUACCCCUGCAUGAGAGAUGCAAGACUUUUUAAACUUACAGCACGCCAAGUUUUCUGACCGAAAAAUUGUUGGCGUGCGAUCAUGCCCGACCAAUACGUCGGAACAAAUUUUGUCAAACCAAAUGCAUGUUUUAAAAAGAUACAAAUGUAGAUUUCGGCUACCUAUAAUUUGACAUUAUAGGGCUGUUCCUACUUCCAGAUUCUGCCUGAAUGGUAGGAAUGAAUUAGUUAUGCCUUUGCGUCCUAUUGUUCCAACCUGCAAGCACCUGCCUGCAUUUGAGGGACUGUGGAAGAGAUUGCUGAUGAAUUGGUUGAGCUUACAUAUUGCAGGCUGUCCAAAAUUACUUGCGGCAGAAACCAAAUUGGGUUACCGCGAAAUCAGCUUUGCGGCCAUGGUUGGUAGGUUUGCUGAAUAAUUAGGCCAAACACCGUCACACUAGGCCUUUGUUUUCUUUGUCUUGGCCUUUUGUUUUCUAAACGGCACUAAUGAUGAUUUAGGCUGGAUCGAUAUCGCAAAUACCGAAUACCGAUAUACCGCCAUCAGAAUACCGGUAAAUACCGGUAUUCCGGUAUUUUUAACGAGUUUUUUUUUUAAGCCAAACUGAAGUGCUGAUCGUCAAGAAAAAUCAAGUUUUGACAAAAUAUUAAUGUGGCACAUUCUGUUAUUAGUGCAAAUGUCACAAGAUUCGCAUUAUCAAGCUAUGUUAACAAUUAACAGCACUAAGCGGCAAUUAUUUAAUGUCUUUAAUAGUAGGCCGUCGAUUGGGCGUCGAAGUGUUGAAUCAUUCAGAAAAAUAUUCGUUUUGUAUAUAAAUUCAGAUAGUGUUUCAGUAAGCUGCUAAUAGUUAUAAACAUAAAAAACGUUGCAUUUUUAAAACUAACACAUAAACAAGUUAGCAAGCAUGUAAAAAAAACUUGAAAAGCCAGAAAAGGUUUUCGCUGCUUCGCAAAUGGUAGUACUUCCACCUUCCAAAAUCAAAGUUUUCUUUUUUGUCGAAAUUUUCCUUUAAAAAUUUCGCCAUUUUUAUAUUUCCGAUUAAGGCGAUUUAAUAAACAAGACGUCUGGUAUUGCUAAAUCAAAGCCGCUAGAACUGUAAGAACAAAAUCAUGCAUCUGCGAGUAUUAACUUUGCUUUCUAAACGUGAUUGUAAGCAAGUUUGACUUGAAAGAGCGUUUCAUUUCGGUAUUAGGCAGCAAAAUACCGAAAUGUCGGUAUAUCGGUAUUUUUAAAUUGUCAAUACCGCCAAACCGGUAUCUAAACAAAUACCGGUAUAUCGGAUAUAUCCGGUAUAUCGAUCCAGCCUAUGAUGAUUUGGCCUAAUUAUUCAUCUAACCUACCAACCCUGUUUGCGGUAACCUGCAGGAUUUACCAAAACAAAAACGUGUCAGAAGAACUUAGAAUUUAUUUUAUAUGUCCAAAUGAAUCGUAAAGUAACCCAAUUAGAUCACAGAACGCGUAAAGAAAAUUUAAAUAUUAACAGUUAAUUAACACAGUUAUUAAUUAUAGACUUAAGAGGUUAAGGACUUACAUCACUUUAGGGAAACCAAAUUAGGUUACUGCAAAACCAAGUUUGCGGUAACGCGGCGAUAUACGUAACCCAGCUUUGGUUACCACAAUUUUGGACUGUCUGUAUUGUCUACGAGUUAUUGUAUACCCCAGUUAGUAGGCUGCUAUCCUCUAUGUAAUCACAUUACGCAUACUCUUAUGCCAUUCUGCCCAGUACUUUUGAUUGAAUAUAAGGAUUAAUGUAUUUCUCAGUUUAGCAUAUCGUCGCAACAUUUUUAGGCUGAGUAAUAAGAGGAGAAGGGUUCAUUCAUGUAGCAUUGUACAUUAAGAUAAAUUUUCACUCUAGACUUUACUUGCAGAAUUUGCAGCUCAAAGUUCCACGCACUGAAAACGUGUCCUUUAUUUUCAGGGUCAUUUUGUUAAAAAGCUUGGUUCUAUUGGGGACAAGGAGACAGAAAAUGAAGUUUUACUUUUGGAACAUGAAAUUCCUCACUUACCAUUCUCGACAGUAGUUUUAAAUGAUCUUCCCAAGGAAACCUGGUUCAUUAGUGACGAGGUAAUAUGGCUAUUUUGUAAAUAAACUAUGUUUAGGGGAAUUAUCUAUAUUCAUCGGAAAAUACUACUUUCACUUACUAUGAUAUACAUUCAAUUUGCGUUUUCUACCAAAUAUUUCCAUAGUAUAAAAAUUGUUCAAUAUAUGCAUGACGCAAUUGAUCUCCAGGAAAAUAGUAUUCUCUUUCGCAGUAAUACAUGCAGUAAGUGUUCAACAUUGUUAUCCAACCCCGGAAUAAACGAUCAUAACCGUAUAGGGAUAACAUGCAGCCUUAUUCUUGUGAGGGCAUGACAAACGAUGAUAGGGCCGAUCGUUCAAAGGUGGAUUUGCGCUAACCCUGGGUUAAAAUGGAACCUGCUGUUUUAGUUUAUGUAUUUCUGUUCGUCUGUUUAUUUCAAAACUUCAGAGAAGAAAAUUCCUACUGAUCAAGACAAAAUUUCUAAAGAAACAUUUCCAAAUUUAUAAACAAGCUGUUAGGAAGUUUGCUUGCAUGCAGUUGUAGGUUAGCCUAGGAUUGGGCAAGAGUUAAGCUAUUCGGCUUUCGAACACCCGGCCCCUGGCGAAUAAAGGCCAGGUCAAACGAUGAUAAGAGUUGACGAGAGUUGCAUUUCUCGCCAACUUUCAUCAACUCUGAUCAAGUUCUUAAUUGAACUGGUUCAAAUUUUGAUGAGAGUUCACGAGGGUUUUUGGUCUUUUGACUGGUAAUGUCUAGUGAACCCUUAAUCUCCUUUCACCGGAGCAUGAGCGUUAAGAGUUUUUUUUCUUGCAAACUCUCGCUCCUGAACUCUCUACCUUGUUUGACCAGGGUUUAAGAAUCGUAUAUGAUUAAUGCAUGGUAUAUCGUGCAUGUAGGUAGCAAAAAUAAGAUUGAAAGUGACCUCUUCCUUUUUAAGGGUUUUAAAAUGUUUUCUUUUUGUGAAUUAUAGGAGAUAAAGCUUCGUCGCGACCUUCGAGAUUUAUCAAUCUGCAGUGUUGAUCCGCCUGGCUGUACUGAUAUAGAUGACGCUUUGCAUUGGAGGCCAUUACCAAAUGGAAAUUUUGAGGU